AUGCAUAUUCUCAACCUUCUCAAUCUAGCCGUUUUCGCCUCUUUGGCCGCCGCAUCACCCACCGCUGGCGCCGAAGCACUAAGCUCUCCGGAGCAAGCCGUCGGCGUUCCACUCGAGAAGCGCGCAUGCACUUACACCGGCUGUACCUGUCUUAAGGGUAUUAAGGCUGGCGUAUACUGUGGCAAUUGCUACAACCCGAAAGACCACAACUACUGGGCAGUUCAGACCAAGGGUUCUAGCAGUCGGUUUGCUACACACGCAUUUCAGUGCGCCUCGUCUGGCGAUUGCUGUGAUUAUGGGGUUGCGAGUGACUGUGGGAAGACCAGUGCGAGGUGUUACUACAAUGGAACACCAUGCAGUCCGACAGUUAAAAUUGACGAUCCCUUGAUCUCAUCCGCACGACCCUUCGACGCGUCCACAUCCCAAUUAACCCACGCAAACUUCCCCCGGAUCUCUUUAGCGGCGGGCCGCAGCUUGUCAAGGCGAGGCCCGAAAAAAGCGAUUAUUUUGGUACCGGCCUGGGCAAAGGCAAGAGCAGUAGCUUUACCCAUUCUGAGAAAAAAACAUCAGUCAGCAAAGCGAUGGUUACCACAGAAAAAUUACUUGAGGAUAUACAAACCCAGUACCUCCUCCUGUGAUGAACACGACACCAUUUUUAUGUAG